GACCCAAGCGCGUAAAAGAUAGAUGAUAGAGAGAAGAGAGAAGAGAGUAGUACGUAUCACUGUAGUAUAACACAUUCAAGAAAAGUCUUAAGUCACCGUAAAAAGGCCCCCACACCGCGUUCACAUUUGCCCACACGCUUACUCAUCCGCCAUGAGAGUAUAUAUACCUAACCAUCCCAAGUCUUCUUCAUCUCUAAGGCUUCUUCUUCUCCUCCGUUUACUUAUUUUCGAUAAAGACUCAAUCUUUGUUCACACUUUCUUUUCAAUCCAUUUUUUUAUUUAUACCCUGUUUGAUCUGUUUUCCAUGGAAAUUAGCUCCGUCUCUUUAUUUAGCCAGGACGAUAUCUCCCAUUUAUACACCUUGUUCCCCGAAAUGGAAGACUGGGGUGUCAACAACGACUCUAAAAAGUGGCGAAGAAAAGAAGAGGAAUAUGGGUUUGAUGAGUUGGAGGGUUUUGAUAAUGGAAAUGGUGGUGGUGCUGGUAGUGGUGGGUUUAAGGAAAUUCUCACUUCUUUAAUUUUGCUUGACGAAGAAGAGAAGCAAGAACAGAAGCAAAGAGAGGUUGAUUUUGAGCAAGAGAUUGCUAGCUUUGAUUCCAAUUUCAAGCUCGAAACUCAAACCAUGAACGACUACGGUAACAGUAUGAAACGACAUUAUACCCAAUUGGGUGAGAUGGAACAGUCCAGGACCAAGCGGGUUCGCCGCAACUCAGCUUCAACUGCAGCCGCCGCUACGGCGGUGGCUGCUGCUGCUGCUACAUCCUCGGCUGAUAAUCCGGUGCAGCCGGGUGCAUCGACGGGUCAGCAACACCGGCGGUUGUGGGUGAAAGACAGGUCAAAGGAUUGGUGGGACCAGCACAAUCACCCUGAUUUUCCCGAUGAGGAGUUUCGGCGGGAUUUUCGGAUGAGUAAAGCCACCUUCGAAAUGAUUUGCGAAGAGCUCGAUUCUUCAGUGAUGAAGAAGAACACGAUGCUUCGUGACGCGAUUCCUGUUCGCCAGAGGGUGGCGGUUUGCAUAUGGAGAUUAGCCACUGGUGAGCCACUUCGGCUCGUAUCGAAGCGGUUUGGAUUGGGGAUUUCUACUUGCCAUAAGCUUGUUCUUGAGGUUUGCUCGGCAAUUAAGACGGUUCUAAUGCCCAAGUUCCUUCAAUGGCCAGGUGACGAGAAGUUGAGGAUGAUAAAGGACGAGUUUGAAUCCAUGUCUGGUAUUCAAAACGUUUCUGGAUCAAUGUACACUACCCAUGUUCCAAUCAUAGCUCCUAAGAUCAGUGUAGCUGCUUACUUCAACAAAAGACACACUGAAAGGAAUCAGAAGACUUCAUACUCCAUUACAGUACAAGGUGUUGUUGAUCCCAAAGGGGUUUUCACAGACGUGUGCAUUGGUUGGCCUGGUUCAAUGCCUGACGAUCAAAUAUUGGAAAAAUCUGCUCUUUACCAAAGGGCCAAUCGUGGUCUUUUGAAAGAUGUUUGGAUAGUGGGAAACUCAGGUCACCCUCUUAUGGAUUGGCUUUUGGUACCUUACACACGCCAGAACCUGACUUGGACUCAACAUGCUUUCAAUGAAAAAGUGGGAGAGGUUCAAAACGUGGCUAAAGAGGCCUUUGCUAGGCUUAAAGGAAGAUGGUCUUGUUUGCAGAAGAGAACAGAGGUUAAACUCCAGGACUUGCCUGUGGUUCUUGGGGCUUGCUGUGUUUUACAUAACAUAUGUGAGAUGAGAAAUGAAGUGAUUGAUACACCUACCAAGUUUGAGAUUUUUGAUGAUGAAAUGAUAGCUGAGAAUAGUAUAAGAUCAGCUAACGCAGCUCAGAACAGAGAUAAGAUUGCUCAUAACUUGUUACACCAUAGCCUUGCUGGCACUGGCUCUUUGUAGUAGUGAUUUAUUUUAGUUCAGAUUGUUCUUUGUUGUAAAAUUAGCUUCGCCUUAAAUUCUUUUUUUGGCUAUGAUUUCAUUAGUCAUCUUCAUAGAAUAACGGAGUUUGUAUACGUUUUAUUUAUUUAUUUUUCUUACAGGAUUGUAUUAAAUAGUUGAAAUAUAAUCUAAUUAUUUUUUGACAAA